GGUUAUCGACAAACACUAUGAGACAGCUGGCCAAAUCACUGGUGGGAUGCACAGUUUGCACUUUCAACAUGGAAUCUACAUAGCAGGCCAUGGUGAACUUGACCUCCCUUACCUGGAUGGAGAGCUUCCCGGUUUCCGUGGAUGUAUGGAGGGUGUGGUAUUUAACCAGAGGGAGAUCCUCGCAUCCCUCAGGUCUUACCCUGGUUUUAAGAAGGUGUAUGAGGUGUCACUAGGAUGCAAUGAUGAAUUUUUUGCAGGAGAGGAUGAGGCCAUCAAUUUCUUUAGCUCCAGAUCCUACGUCACCUUCCCAGAAUGGAGGGUGCGCGGGGAAGGGCUGUUGGAAUUUGCUUUGCAGACUGGAAGUCAACAAGCUUUGCUUUUGUUUCAGCCAGGUAGACAAGGAAAUUUUGUUGCUUUGGAAAUAGUUAAUGGUCUGUUGAAGGCUCAUGUAGGAAGGAGCAAAAGUAACACCCAGCUCUCUUCUUUAAGCGUAGUUAAUGACAACAAGUGGCAUGUUAUUCAACUCAGACUCACAGAACGGUAUCUGGACCUGAUGGUGGAUGAGCAAGGGGUGAGGGCGUUGCUGCCCUUGCAAAGCAAACCAUUUGUAUCGGAAGGUCCUCUCUUCGUGGGAGGUCUUGAUAACCGUAAGGGAGAAGAAGUUAAGAAGUUAGAACUUGCCUCUGUGCCCAGGAAAUCUGCUCGAGGAAUCUCUUUCAAAGGGUGCUUAAGAGGCUUGGAAGCCAACUCAGAAAAGAGAGCAUUAAAGAAUGCCCUUGUGUCUAAAGAUGUAGCCUCCGGGUGUAAAUUGCAGAGUAGUGAUAAUGAAAACCCUUUCAUAACGACAGCAGAAAACCUGCUUCGUUCAGAAGUUCCCCUUUCCACUACCGUCCCCGAGGCACGCAAGCCUUUUCUUCACCAGGCAAGUAGCUAUUUCUUAAGUCUGAAUAACCUGGAGGUCCAAGAAGGUGGGCGAGCCUUACUGGAAAAAAGGCACAUGAACGUGGUUGUGGCAUCCGAAGAUGUGGGCAUCCAUCCUUCUGAAAUACUAUUUAAAAUAGAGGAAAUGCCCCUGCAUGGGUUCCUUCAAAUCGAUGUUUCGCUUGCACAGGGAAUGGAGGAGGCUUUCACUAUGUUAGAUUUGGGGCAAGGGAAAAUUUGGUAUGUCCAUGAUGGCUCAGAAGAACCUAGGGAUUUUUUUACGUUUUCAGUCUCAUCCAAGAGCGGGAAGGAAAUGCCAUUGUAUCUGCAAGGACAUGUUCCAUAUGUGUUUAACAUUACUGUCCUUCCAGUAAAUGAUGCCCCGGUCCUUAAGCUCCCUGAAGGAAACUUGCUCCUCCUGUUUGAGAAUUCUAAGAAACGACUGACUCCAAAUGUAAUACACGUGUCAGACCCUGACACAGAUUCCUUGAGUCUUAGUUUCUCAGUUCUUGGCAACUUCAAUUCAGAUGCUGGGUUUUUAGAAAACACCAAUGGUCCUGGGAAAGCCAUUAAUGGUUUUACGCAUGGGGAUUUAAGAGAUGGCAACAUUUUCUACGUGCACAGAGGUCAUCGGAACUCCCGGAUCCUUCUGAGAGCAAGCGAUGGAGAUCUGGUUAGCAAUACCGUAGUGUUACGGGUCAUGGCUGUUCCUUGGGACUUUGAAGUGGCUGUUAGAACCGGGGUAGUCGUCCAGCAGGGGGGCGUGGUUCUGAUUACACGGAGUAACUUAUCGGUGGAGGUUAAUGGUGAACCCCACGAGAUGGAGACCCGCUAUGCUAUCACUCAUCCACCCCAAUUUGGUCAGAUUCAGCAGCAGGGGUCAAGGGGUGAAUGGAAACAAGUUAGUACCUUUUCUCAACGUUCCAUUGAUCGGGGUCAGGUCCGGUACCAUAGCACAUUUCAAGAACUACAGCCAGAAAAUGUUACAGAUCACUUUAAAUUUCAAGUGAACAUAGAAGGGAAAGUCAGUGAAGAGCUGGUAUUUCCCAUUACCGUACACUGGCUAAAGUUUGUACUUCUGAAAAACGUUCCUCUCGAGGUCAGUAAGCUGAGCAGACAAGUACUGAACUCUGACCACUUGCAGGCUGUGACAGAGGGUAUGAGUGUGACUCAGAAAGAAUUGCGUUUUAAGUUACUGACACCACCUAAGAAAGGAAAAUUGCUAGUUGGCAAUAAAGUUCUGAAAACAAACUCCGUUUUCAGCCAGCAAGACAUUGCAGACUCUAAGAUAAGUUAUGAGCCACGGGAGAGGCCUAGGGAAGACACAGAAGAUAUCUUUAGGUUCUUAAUUAUUGCAAAGCACAUAGAAUCCAAAAGUUAUACUUUCAGAAUAAACUUUGAAGCAGACAGGACCCGCAUUAUUGUAACUAACAGAGGGUUAUCUGUAAAAGAAGGAGAAGGGAAAUUAAUUACGAAAUCGGAAUUAUUCACUCAAACACUGGACAAUCAGACCUUCCAAUAUAUAAUCACCAAGAGUCCUCAACAUGGGAAGCUGAAACUGGUUAACUUUUCAGACCCUCCGGGAAGUCAUGACAAUAUCACCACGUUCACUGAUCAAGACAUAGUGGGGAAGCGGCUGAUGUAUGUCCACGAUGACUCUGAGACCCAACAUGAUGAAUUCCUCCUUGUGGCCUCCACCACGGGACCAGGCCAAGAGGGAGUGGUCAGGCAUCUUGACGCAGAACAUUUAUCUACAGAAAUCAAAGUUGGCAUUUCUGUAGAGUUAAAAAAUGAUGAGAAACCAGUACGUGUGGUAGAUAAGGUCUUUUGUGUUGUAAGGAAUGGCCAGCGCCUACUGACCCUGGCAGAUCUCUGUUACCAUGACCCCGACUCAGAUUUUGAUGAUGGCCAGUUGCUCUACACCCGACGGGGCAUCCCAAACGGGGACCUGGUGAGAGCCAGUGAUGUCACUCAGAAACUCUACCAGUUCAGGCAAGAUGACCUGCGGGAAGGGCGAGUGCUUUUCAGACAUCGGGGUGCAGACUCCGCCCGCUUUGUGCUGUUUGUGACAGAUGGUGUCCAUUAUACAUCAUCCCUUCUUGAAGUCAGUGUGUCAGACCCCUACAUCCAGGUAGCCAAUAACACAGGGCUGGUUGUACAAAGAGGAGAGGACAGCAGCCUCACAGCAUCCAACCUCAGUGUCACCACAAACCAAGAUGUCCGAACAGACCACGAGAUUGAAUUCCACGUGCUACAGCCCCCAAAGCAUGGUGGAGUGCUAGUCAACCAGUCAGUGUCCCGCUCAUUUUCCCAGCAUGACUUGAAGCGGGGACAUGUGAUUUAUAGGCAUGACGGCAGCGGCAACUCUGAUGUGUUCAACCUGACAGUGAAAGUUAAGGAGAUACAUAUAGAUGUGGGCGUCUAUGUACGAGUGUACUCGGAAAGCCACCAACAUCGUGCCCAAGUUCCACUCAUCAAAACCCUUAUAGUUGAAGAAGGAAAACCAGUAAAACUGAAUAGAGGAAGACUCCAGACUAUCCAUGAAGAUAAUAUUACUUCUGAGGCAACGUUCACUGUUAGAGUUCCACCGAUGCAUGGAUACCUCCAGAAAUCUUUACCAGAAGAAGGGAGCUUCAGUGCCGAUGCAAAGUCACCUCUGAUUUUUACACAACAGGAAAUUGAUGAUGGGGCUAUUCUUUAUGUGCAGACAGCUCCUGACCAACAACACGACCGUUUUUUGCUGGAUGUGGUGAAUGGUUUCCAAGCUGUGAAUGGAAUUGAAAUUUUAGUGGAUAUCGUCCCUAAGCGGAUUCCUCUGGAGGUACAAAAUUUCACAGUCCGAGAAGGAGGUUCCAAAGCACUUCUGGAAGACCAUCUCAAAAUCCCAAACAAAUAUUUUGAGGGAGUUGAUUGUGAAUUUGUUCUACUCAAACCCCCAAAACAUGGUUAUGUUGAAAAUUCUGAUUUUCCAAGAGUACAGCUAAUGAAGUUUACCAGGAAACAGGUGGAAAAUGAAUUGAUUUACUACAUGCAUGAUGGUAGCGAGGAGCUUCUUGAUGAUUUCACCGUCUUUGCAAAUAGCUCAGAACUUGGAAAACAGAGCUUGCCCCGAACUCUUUUUGUAACUGUGGAAUCAGUAAAUGAUGAGGCUCCGGUGAUAACAGCCAACAAAAUCCUUCAGGUAUGGGCAAAUUCUGUAACUGAGAUUACCAGGGGUGUCCUCUGUGCGGAAGACGAGGACUCCUCCCCGCAGGACCUCACCUAUUGGGUCACUCCACCCAGCAACGGGCAUUUGGCUCUCCAGUCCUUUCCUGGCCGAAGCAUCCAGAACUUCACCCAGGCUCAGAUCAACAAGGGCCAGCUAGUGUUUGUACACACGGGUUCCAUGAAGCCCCUUUCAUCUGGUGACCUGAGAGCUGUGACCAAUGACGCGGACAGCACAGGAAACAGAACUGUAACAUUUACGGUUAUAAGUUCCCCUAGACUCGGAAGGCUGGUGCGAGUCAAUUCUGACAACAGCACGGAGGAUGUUUCCGUGUUUACGCAGAAUCUGGUCAGUGAACGGCUGAUAUUAUACCAGCAUAUGGACCAUGAGAACACCGGCUGGACUGCAGAAGACUCUUUCACAUUCACAACGUCCUCCCCACCAGCAGCUCUAGGUCCUGAGGAGUUUCGUAUUACUAUUUCAUAUGAAAUUACUGAGCCUGGUCGGCAGAGUCGUUUGCUUGCAAAUACAGGAGCUGCUGUCAAGGAGGGAGACAAAGUUGUCAUUGAUCAAUCUAAUUUAGAUGCUUCCAACCUCUUGUUGAAACUGCCCAAAUCUCAGCGAUCUUAUUAUGAAAUCUGGUUCCAGGUUACGUCUCUUCCUCACCAUGGAACCAUCAUGGUUGGAGAGAGGAAUAUUACCAAAGGAAAACCCAACUUCUCUCAGUAUAUAGUUAAUAAAUUUGGAAUCCUAUACCUUCACGAUGACUCUGAAUCUCUGGCUGAUAAUUUUACCUUUGCUGUUUGGCCAAAACAAAAGAGCAAAUCCACCACCAAACCAGAGGCCAACUUCCUUGAAGAGAUGUUUAACAUCACUAUCUCCCCUGUUAAUGACCAGGCACCAGAAUUAAAGACAAAAGGGCUUCGGUUGAAGGUUCUGCAGGGGAAUAGUUUGGUUGUGGGUCCUGAAAACCUAAGAGUGGAAGAUCUAGACAGUCCUCCAGAGGAGAUCAGAUAUAUGAUCAUCCGUAAUCCUAAUAAUGGCAUUUUAGCAAUGGCUCACCAUCCAGACAUACCUGUUCACCAUUUCACGCAAGCUGACAUUGAUAACUCUCAGGUAUGGUUUAUACAAAAUGGAAGCCCAUCUUCAGGUGUGUUUUACUUUAGUGUGACUGAUGGCCAACACCGCCCACUUUAUAAGCUCUUCCACCUGGAUGUCAUCCCCAUUUCCAUCACCCUUGUGAACCUCACGGACCUACUUCUCCCACAAGGCCAGACAACUGUCCCCAUCACCAAUACUCACUUAUCAGCAAUGACCAAUGGGAAAAGCCCUCAAAUCACUUACAAGAUGACAAGUCCCCUCGAACAUGGGCAUCUGCUUAUUGAAAACCAGGUGGUCAUCAGCUUUGAGCAGGAAGACCUGCAUUCAGGAAGACUCUGUUACCGUAUGACAGAUCUCACGGCCUCAGAGGACCAGCUGUAUUUCUCACUAUUUACACCAGAAAGCAACCUGACGGGACAAAUGCUGAACAUCAGAGUGCAGCCUUUACUGCGGAUUAGGUCAAACCUGACAAUCGCCAACAGGGUGGUUUAUCCGCUGAGAAGAAAGGACCUUGAUGCCACUGAGCUUGCUAAUAGGACUAACAGUGAUCCCAAAUUUGAAGUGACCGAACCCCCUGUCCAUGGGAGACUUGUACGAAGAGUGGGCCGAGGCACAGCGAUGGAAAAUGCUACUCUGUUCUCUCAGAGGGACAUUGACCAAGGGUUGUUGAUGCUUCAUGCACAUGCCAACCUAACAGACAUCGAUAUGCUGAAUGACUCCUUCACCUUCUUGCUCAGGGCAGACCACGUACAGCCAGCAAUAGGUCAUCUUGCCUUCAGCAUAGUGCCACCUGACCCCUUAUGUUUGCAAACCUUUACCCCUGAUGUUUCCUUAUUAGUCACUGCCCAUAACCUUGUGACUUCAGAUCUCUCUCGGGGAAAGCCUGUGGUUUCCCCAGGACCCACGGCAAAGACAGAAACUCUGGGGAAGCUGGCCCAGACCAGGCAGCAGGAAACAAAUCCCUGGGGACAACACCGUGGUGAAGAGCCUACUCUGGAUGGCAAGGCCUCUCCAACCAGGGUCAUUUGGCCACUGGACACUACCAAUGCCAGGCCUGGAACACCCACCCAGCCCAGGGAGAGCAGUUACCCUUUGAUGGUCAUUGUACCCUUGGCUGUGGUGGUCUUCCUGCUGAUAGUAACUGCAGUGGCCUUGUGUGUCUGGCUGCUGGGCCAGAAGGUAGAAAAGACAAAGCCUCUUAUCAAGCCCCAGACUAAUCUGGAACCUACAACCCCAAGUCCUAGGCCAGAAAGGAGCAGAACCGUUCCCACUGUCACAGUGACACCCCUUCUAAAAAGCUCCAGCAAUCCCCCGGUCAGUCUUUUCAGGGACCCACAAAGUGAGCAAAUGGUUUCUCCAGCCACUGAGCCAGUGGAGAAAUGUGCUCCUUGGGAGACAUGGAUGAAUCUGGAUCCCGAUAUGGUCAAGCUCUGCCGACAAACCAACCCAACCCUGAAGCACAACCAGUACUGGGUGUAGACUGAGGGCUUUUGUUCCUGACUGACCACCUACUGUACUGGGAUAGGCACUGGGAUAUAAGGUCAAAGAAAUGUUAGAUCGAUCCGCUGAGGAAAGCCCAGCCCUGACAGUCACUCAGUGCUCAGUUAUGGCGCCGUGAUGAGAUGGGAGCAAGUGUUUGUUGUAACUCAUACAACACUCCUCUGAUGUGCUCCACAAUGAGCUUUGUCUGCCUUCUUGGGGACCUGACUCUGAGUAUAAGAUUUUGUCAAUAUUCAAAUCCUUUAUCAAGGUGCUACCAAACAUGCUGGUCCAACUGGGAUCAGCAGUAUUAACUUGGGUGCUAAAGUUAAUGGAGGAAGCCUUUGGAUAUUUUUUCACUAAGGAUUCAUUCUAAGUGAGUCAGCAAGGAAAUGCAGGAACUGUUUCAGCAAGCAGAAGAGGUGAUUUAUCAAAUCAGCAGGUUUAUUCCUAGUGUACUUCUGUAAUGUCUUUUCCUCCUUGGGGUCUCAAGGUUUGACUUCCUAGGACAGGAAAUGCCUUGGUGCUCCAGAUAGUAGAAUAGUCUGACCCCCCUUUGAAGGUUUUCACUGAGCAUAUUGUGUUCCAUCAAGAGGCUUUAUCUAUUCUGAUUUGUAAAAUCAAACCUGUGGUACAAAUAUGAUUUGAAGCCCCAAGAAAUAGAAAAGUCUGUUAAAUAUUUUGUGAUGCCUCAAUUUGGCUUAACUUUACAAUGAAUUGAAGUAAUGGCAAAUUUGUAUUUGACUUGUCUGGUUGAGCCUACGAUUGGCAGAUUCAGGCUUCAGUUUCUGUAAUUGUAAAAUGAAGAUAUGAGUACUUGUUUUAGUUAAGAAUGCUUUGGGUUGCAAAUCACAAGACAUUAGCUAUGAGUGGUUUGGAUUGGGGGUUGGCAAACUUUAUCUGUGCAGGGCCCCAUAGUAAA